AUGCGGCGCAAGGCCUGCGCGGCGCCCCCCCGCCCGAAGAGGAGGCGGAGGCGGACGGGGCGGACGGGCGGGCGGGGGUCGCGGGAGGCGGGGGGCUCGCCGCGCUUCGUGGUGCAGGAGACGGAGGAAGCGGCGCUGCUGCUGCUGGUGCCGGCGGAGGGCCCGGCGGGGCGGCGGGGGGCGCGCAGGAGGCGGGGCGGCGGGGCCGAGCCGGGGGCCGCGGGGUCCCCGGGGGGCGACUGGGGCUCCCGCCUCCCGGCCGAGCUGCUGGUCCGCGUCUUCGCGCUGGCGGCGGCCUCCGAGGGGGGCGCGGUGCCCUUCCUGUGCCGGGCGGCCCGCGUGUGCCGGCUGUGGUGCCGAGCGUCGGCGGCGCCGGUGCUGUGGCAGCGGGUGGCGGUGGGGCACUGCUGGGCGGCCCCGGGGCAGAAGUGGGUCCCCGCGCAGCAGCAGAAGGCCCUGGGCACCCUGGAGUGGCUGGCGGCCCACAGGUUCUCCCUCCUGCGCGACUUCACGCUCAGCCACUGGAAGAGCCUCGUCCCGUCAGUGCUGCAGGCUCUGGCCGCUUCCAGCCCGCACCUGGCCACCCUGCGCCUGGCCCACUGCAGCGGGGUGACCACUGAGGCCCUUUGCCUGCUGGCCACGUCCUGCCCACGACUGGUGAGCCUGAACCUGCAGGGAUGCCAGGUGGACCCCUGGGCAGUCACCGGCUUCCUGGAAAGGGCAGGUGCCCGGAUGGAGCAGCUCUCGCUGACCUACAGCAGCCGCCUGAGCGCCAUUUUUGCUCUCCUGGUGGUAAGCAGAGCGGGGGUCCUACGAAGGCCGG